AGCAAAAUUAAUAAAAACAAGGAAAAGUAAUCUACUUACUCAAGUUACGAAGAACUAUAAGGUUCAAGUAAUUGAGAGAAGGUCGAAUUAUUCAAAUAAGAGGAUUAUUUUAGAAUGAUGGAAAUUAAUUAAUUUUCUACAUUUAGAGGGGAUCCAGAGAAUUGAAAGAAUCUAGAUGCUAUUAACAGUAUAAUCCAAUGUUGAAUGGGAUGGAUGAGGAGAUUGUUAUUAACUCCCUAGGAGGGUGCUAAAUCUGCAGAUAGGAGGAGAGGCGAGUUUUAAGAGUGAAAUAGAGAAUUGGGGGGCUGAUUUUGAUAUUUAUUUAUAUAAAAUUAAGUGUUUAUGUUGAGAUUGGCCACUUAGGCAAUAAGAAGCAUGGUGCAAAUUAUGCCAGUUAUUAGGCCUAUUCAACUUUGUUAGAAGCCUAUGCAAUUUUUUGGAUUGGCGAGGUUAUUUAAAUAAAGUCGGAUCAGUGGGCAGGCUAGAUCUAAGACGAAGUCAUCGGGAUCGAGUUGGAAGAAGAGGAUUAGGAGUCAGAACAGAUUAUAUAAGAUUGGGAAUCACAAGGGGUUGAUGAAGAGAGUGAAGAUUGUGGGUCCGAGGAGGGCGAGAAGACUGAAGUUCAAGUCUCCAGGGUCUAGGCAUUUGAAUCGAAAUUGUUCGAAGGCGAAUUUGAGGAGGAAGAGGCGAACUCGAUACAUAAGUGAUGUUGAUAUGCCGAGGAUGAGGAAGUUGUUGCCGUUGAUGAAGAGGCAGAAAUGCAAAAGGGGAUCUUGAGUAUAUAAAAAGAGAAGGGAGA